GUUAUGUCACAGGCUUGACGCCCUUCGGCGCCGGGCUUGCUGACAAACUCCGUUGACAAAUCUCAACUCUGUUAUCUGCGCCCGAACUUUCGGCAUGGGGCCGCCGCGUUUGUCACAAAAGGGUCGCCCAGGAUUCGGAGCACUGACAAACUGAGCUGGUCUUGUCAAACGUACAAGAAGGCAGGCGGCUCAUCGACAGAUUCGGAUCGUAGCCAGUCGAGUCGGCAGCGAGCAGACGGGUAGAUAUCGCCGACGGUCAGUGCUCAACCCGACAUCGACUCGUAACGCCAAGCAGACAUUUCGUCACCUUCGCAUAGCCUGCACAUCGACACGAACACAAUGGCUCAUAGUAGCGGCUCCUCGGAGACGCGCAUACAGUUGGACAAUGGCCUCGAUCAAGUCAGUCCCAUCAACGACUCAAAUAAUCACAAAACUCCGGCGGCUGGCGCAGCUCGCAAAGCAGGCGAGCCGACACCGUACUUCACACCCGCUGAACGCACAAGAAGCUACUUCGAUACCACCAACCCCGAGUUCAAAGAGCUUCGUCGUCAGAUAUCCAAUGAAAUCGAUAGAACAACAAGCGCGAUGCCCGAUCCUGAGAGCGAGGAUUUCGACCUGCAUGAAUUCCUCUCCAAGAUACUGGACAAGCAUGAUGCCAGUGGUGUCAAGCGCCGCACAACCGGUCUUGUCUGGGCAGAUCUCGUCGUUGAAGGCGUCGGUAGUGGCGCAGACUAUGGCAGCAGCUUGAGCGAUCUUUUCACAGGCAUCACCCGAAUCCCGCAAACAAUCGCUAGCAUCCGUCAUCCACCAAAGAAGACGAUUCUGCAAGGCUUCUCUGGCGAUCUCCGUCCUGGUCAGAUGAUGCUUGUCCUCGGUAGACCAGGCUCGGGAUCAUCGAGCUUGCUUAAAACGCUUGCCAAUUAUACAGACUCGUUCACAUCUGUGCAAGGUUUCCGGACAUACGAUGGCGUCACUCCAGAGAUCAUGGAAAAGCGCUUCGGUGGCGAGCUCGCCUAUUUGCCCGAGGAUGACAUUCACUUCCCUCUGCUUACUGUCGGCGAGACUCUCGGCUUUGCUGCCCAUGCAAGAGCCCCAGCUGUGCAUGCUCGCUCGGAAGGCAUGUCGCGCGCGGGCUACACAAAGACGACGGUCAACGUCCUGCUGACGCUCUUCGGCCUUCGUCAUGUGAUCAACACCAAGGUCGGCAACGAUUACGUUCGUGGUGUUUCCGGCGGCGAACGCAAGAGAGUCAGCAUUGCAGAAGUGUUGACAACACGCGCCAAGAUCUCUUGUCAUGACAAUUCGACUCGUGGUCUAGACUCUUCCACCUCACUCGAGUACAUUCGCUCGCUGCGUGUCGCAACCGAUCUGUCUCGCACGGUCACGGUUGCUUCGCUUUACCAAUGCGGCGAGCAGCUCUACGACCUCUUUGACAAAGUCUGCGUCAUUCAUAGCGGUCGCAUGAUCUACUUUGGCCCGGCAACGCAAGCUUCAGCCUACUUCGAGUCGCUCGGUUAUCUGCCCCAUGAUCGUCAGACGACUGCCGACUUCCUAGUUUCCGUCACAGAUGAACGCGCUCGUCUCAUCAGCAAGGACGUCCCGAAUGUGCCGAAGACUGCUGAUGAGCUUGCCACCGCUUUCAAACAAAGCGAGAUCUACACCAGCGAACGCAAGCUCAUCGAAGAUGCAAAAGCUGGCUUCUCUGACGAACGCAACAAUGACUUCAAGGCCAGUGCCAAGCAGGAAAAGAUGAAGCACGUCCGCGGCCAAUCGUCUUACAAUAUCUCAUACAAAGCACAACUUGGUCUUGCCAUUCGUCGUCGCUGGCAAUUGCUCCUGGGUGACUUUGCAACAACAAUGAUUCAAGCUUUCGUCUUUAUCUUCCAAGCUCUCAUCAUCGGCAGUACUUUCUAUUCUAUUCCUCGCACUACUCAAGGCUUCUUCUCGCGCGGCGGUGUCAUCUUCUUCGCUAUCCUGUUCUCAUCGCUCACUUCGAUGGCCGAGAUUCCGUCUUGCUUCGCCCAGCGUCCCAUAUUGGUCAGGCAACGCCGCUACCGGAUGGCAAGACCUUCAGCAGAUGCUCUCGCUCAGACAAUCGUCGAUCUCGUGCCAAAGGCUAUCAUUCAAAUCUGUUUCGUGGUCGUACUUUACUGGAUGACCGGACUCAAUCCUGGCGCUGCUCGCUUCUUCAUCUUCUUCCUCUUCGUCUUCGUUACAGCCUGCAUGAUGGCGACCUAUUUCCGCGCUCUCGCUGCUAUCUGUCGCAGUCAAGCCGUCGCGACCAUGCUUGGAGGUAUCAGUGUUCUGCUCUUCCUCGUCACUGUCGGAUAUGCUAUCCCACGUCCCGGUAUGCUGGGAUGGUACCGCUGGUUCUCAGAGUCGAUCAAUCCGAUUGCGUUCUCGUUCGAAGCGCUCUACGCCAAUGAGCUGCUGGCUCAGAACGUUCCUUGCGCCCAGCUAGUGCCUUCGGGCGCAGGUUACGCUGGAAUCACGCUGGCAAACCAAGUCUGUCCCACGCCGGGAUACGAUCGCACGACAGGUCUGGUCAAUGCUGAGAUAUAUCUGUCUACGAGCUAUGGGUACUCCUAUUCGCAUGUCUGGCGAAACUUUGGCAUCAUUCUCGGCUUCUACUUCGGCUUCUUGGCCAUACAGCUCAUCGGUACCGAAUUCCAACGCGAUGAAGCUGCUGCCGCUGCUGUCGUUCUCUUCAAGCGGAGCAACGCACCAAAAGCCAUCGAGGAGCAAGUCAACGCGACUGGCAAGGCCAUUGAUCUCGAGAAGUCGAACUCCGAAACAACAGAGGUGCCUUCCACAGCAGAAGCAGACAAGCAAGCCGAUGCAGCAGCAGAAGACAUUAUCGCCAAGCCCACUGCCGUAUUCACCUGGCGCAAUCUGCACUACGAUGUUGCUGUCAAAGGGGGUCAGCGUCGUCUGCUUUCAAACGUCACUGGUUAUGCUAAGCCCGGCGCGCUCACCGCUCUCAUGGGCGAGUCCGGUGCCGGUAAGACUACCCUGCUCAACGUACUUGCUCAGCGCGCCGGCACUGGUGUCAUCAGCGGCGAUAUGCUCGUCAAUGGUCAGCCAUUGCCCAAGUCUUUCGCCAAGAAUUGUGGCUACGCUCAACAGCAGGAUGUCCAUCUUCAGACGUCCACCGUCCGCGAAGCAUUGCAAUUCUCUGCUCUUCUUCGUCAGUCCGCGUCUACGCCCAAGGCAGAGAAGCUAGCCUAUGUCGAGGAGGUCAUCAAAUUGCUCGAGAUGGAGGCUUACGCAGAAGCGCUUGUCGGCGAGGUCGGCAGUGGUCUGUCCGUCGAACAACGCAAGCGUCUCACUGUCGGUGUCGAGCUUGCUGCCAAGCCGACCUUGUUGCUCUUCUUGGAUGAGCCUACUUCUGGUCUCGACUCUAUCUCUGCAUUCAAUAUCGUUCAACUGCUGCGCAAGCUCGCCGAUCACGGUCAAGCAAUUCUGUGCACGAUUCAUCAGCCAUCGGGCGAACUUUUGUCGCACUUCGAUCGAUUGCUGCUGCUCAAAAAGGGUGGUAAGACUGUUUACUUUGGCAAUCUCGGCAAGGGCUCUCGCACGAUGAUCGACUACUUCUCUCGCCAAUCUGGCGAAAAAUGUCCAGAGCGCGCCAACCCUGCCGAAUGGAUGCUCGAACAAAUUGGCGCUGGCGCGACUGCAAAGACGUCAUACGAUUGGGCUCAGCUCUGGAAUGAAUCACCCGAGGCUCAGACGGCAAAGGAUGAAGUCGAGCAGCUUCAUCAAGAAUACACGGGUAACCACAGCGAUGAAGACGACGCCGAGGCAAACAAGACUUACUCAGCUUCCUUUGCUACGCAAUUGGCAGUCGUCACUCGCCGAUCUUUCCAAAGCUACUGGCGCGAUACUACAUACAUUGCCUCAAAGAUUGGACUCAAUGUCAUUUCGUCGCUCUGGAUCGGAUUCACUUUCUUCAAAGCCAAUGAUUCAACUUCAGGUCUCCAGAUUAAGCUCUUCGGCGUAUUCAUGGCAAUCGUUGUCAGUACAAGUUUGGCGCAGCAGCUCCAGCCUCGGUUCAUCGAAGCGCGCGCGCUUUACGAAGUUCGCGAGCAACCCUCGCGAAUGUACUCCUGGGUCAUCUCUGCGCUGGUCCCGCUCCUCACAGAGACGCCUUUCAAUCUCUUCGGCGGCGCGCUCUACUUUGCCAUCUGGGCUCCUUCCGUCGCACUUUACAAUGGUCGACCACGAGACGCGUUCUAUGCGUUUGCGAUUUACGAAUUGUUUACCAUCUACUGGAGCAGCUUUGCAAUGGCAGUCGCUUCCUUCGCAUCCAAUGGUGAAAUCGCGUCGAUACUUUUCUCUACCUUGUUUUCAUUCACUCUAAUCUUCUGCGGCGUCUUACAACCAACUGCACUCAUGCCACACUUCUGGGCCGCAUGGAUGCCCAAGGUUGCUACCUUCACAUAUAUCGUCGAUUCGCUCCUGUCUUCCGCAAUCGGCAAUGGUCAACGGAUCGUGUGCACGGACGAGCAAUUUUCUAUUGUGUCGCCACCCGGCGGACAAUCGUGCUCAGCAUUCCUCGAUCCCUUCAUCGCAGCCAAUACUGGCUACGUCGACAACCCGAACGAUACUGCAGACUGUCGAUACUGUCAAUACGCAUACGGCGACGAAUACCUGCGCACUGUCGGAUAUUCGUAUUCGCACAGGGCCAGAAAUGUCGGCAUCCUCUUUAUCUACAUCUUCUUCAACAUCUUUGCCUUGUUCUUCCUUUACUACUUCCUGCGUGUCCGAGGCAAGGCAGCUGGCGCGGCGAAGCAUGUCAAAGAAGUCCCGCACAUCGAGGGUGCGGAUGAUAACAGCAGCAAGCAGAGCGAGAAACCGGCAGAGAAGCAGCAAUAGACGCCCACGACAUGCUCAU